UUCCCGGUUGCCCUGCAGGGUCGCGACCCGGGGCCGGACGGGGGCGACGGGCAGGGCGCGGGUGUGGGCGCUCUCACGGCCGCCCCCCGCCCCCGCGCCGCCCUCAUGUCGGCGCCGCUGAAGAAGGGCCCCGGGGGGCUGAUCGGGCUCAUGAAAGACGCCUUCCAGCCACACCACCACCACCUCGGCCCUCACCAGCCUGGCGCCGUGGACAAGAAGAUGGUGGAGAAGUGCUGGAAGCUGAUGGACAAGGUGGUACGUUUGUGUCAGAACCCAAAGCUGGCCUUGAAGAACAGCCCACCCUACAUCCUGGAUCUGCUGCCUGAUACCUACCAGCAUCUCCGAACCAUCCUGUCGCGCUAUGAGGGGAAGAUGGAGACCUUAGGGGAAAAUGAGUACUUUCGUGUGUUCAUGGAGAACCUGAUGAAGAAAACCAAGCAGACCAUCAGCCUCUUCAAAGAAGGGAAGGAAAGGAUGUAUGAGGAGAACUCACAGCCCAGGAGGAACCUGACAAAGCUCUCCCUGAUCUUCAGCCAUAUGCUGGCCGAGCUCAAAGGGAUUUUCCCAAGUGGCCUUUUCCAAGGAGACACUUUCCGGAUCACCAAGGCAGAUGCUGCAGAGUUUUGGAGGAAGGCUUUUGGUGAAAAGACCAUUGUUCCUUGGAAGAGCUUCCGUCAGGCCUUGCAUGAAGUGCAUCCCAUCAGCUCAGGGCUGGAAGCCAUGGCCCUGAAGUCAACCAUUGACUUGACUUGCAAUGACUACAUCUCAGUGUUUGAGUUUGAUAUCUUCACACGACUUUUCCAGCCAUGGUCCUCCUUGCUCAGGAACUGGAAUAGCCUAGCAGUGACUCACCCUGGUUAUAUGGCAUUCCUCACCUAUGAUGAGGUGAAAGCUCGGCUGCAGAAAUUCAUUCACAAACCUGGCAGUUACAUUUUCCGGCUGAGCUGCACACGGCUGGGCCAGUGGGCCAUUGGCUAUGUCACUGCUGAUGGCAACAUCCUGCAGACAAUCCCCCACAACAAACCUCUUUUUCAAGCACUGAUUGAUGGCUUCAGGGAAGGCUUUUACUUAUUUCCCGAUGGCCGGAAUCAGAACCCUGACUUGACUGGCUUGUGUGAGCCCACACCUCAGGACCACAUUAAAGUCACACAGGAACAAUAUGAAUUGUACUGUGAGAUGGGCUCCACCUUUCAGCUAUGUAAAAUAUGUGCUGAGAACGACAAGGAUGUGAAGAUUGAGCCCUGUGGCCAUCUGAUGUGCACGUCCUGUCUCACUGCCUGGCAGGAAUCAGAAGGUCAGGGCUGUCCUUUCUGCCGCUGCGAAAUCAAAGGCACAGAGCCCAUUGUUGUCGACCCCUUCGACCCCAGAGGAGGAGGAGGAUUGUCACGGCAAGGGGCAGAAGGAACCCCCUCACCCAAUUAUGAUGAUGAUGAUGAUGACAGAGCUGAUGAUUCCCUCUUCAUGAUGAAAGAACUCGCCGGUACCAAAGUCGAGCGUCCUCCUUCUCCCUUCUCAGUCGCUCCGCAGGCUGCGCUGCCCCCUGUGCCCCCGCGCCUGGACCUGCUGCAGCAGCGAGUGGCCAAUCCCCCUGGGGCCUCCAGCCCUGGCACCACUUCAAAGGCUGUCCCUGGUACUCUUCACAAAGACAAACCUCUGCCGAUCCCUCCCACGCUCCGAGACCUCCCUCCACCGCCGCCUCCCGAAAGGCCACAUUCCAUUGGCACCGAGGGGCGACCUCAGAGGCGUCCCCUGCCCUGCACGCCGGGGGACUGCCCCUCAAGGGACAAACCACCUCCUGUGCCCUCCAGCCGCCAGGCGGAGCUGUGGCCAGCCAGGCCGGUUCCUAAAGCCCCUCCUGUAGCUCUCAGCCCUGCUGACCCUUGGGCUGGGAGAGAACUGUCCAACAGGCACUCGCUUCCCUUCUCCUUGCCCUCUCAGAUGGACUCCAGGGCUGACAGCCAUCGGCUUGGCAGUACAGUCAGCCUGGACAACCCAGUGAGCUUGAACAGUGCUCCUGCAGCAACCUCAGAGUGUGAACACCCCAAAAUCAAACCCUCCUCGUCUGCCAACGCCAUCUACUCCUUAGCUGCCAGACCACUGCCUGUACCCAAACUGCCUGCUGGGGAGCAGUCUGAAAGUGAUGAGGACACUGAGUACAUGUCACCAUCCUCCUUGCCUGUGGUGCCUCCAGGUCCUGCUGUACAAAAACCAGAGCUCAAAAUGCCUUUGGAAAUGGCUCAGAGUUCACGAGUUUCAGACUGCGACCAGCAGACAGAUGCCUGCAUGUAUGAAGCGAUGUACAACAUUCACUCCCAGGCAGCAUCCUCUGCCUUCGAGGCUGUCAACACUUCUGAUGAAGGGGAUCUGGCAGCAGCCAGUGCCAGCAAUGGCCCUGAGGAGUCAGAAAAUGAAGAGGAUGGCUACGACGUGCCCAAGCCGCCGCUGCCGGUGGCGAUCGCUCGGCGCACGCUGUCUGACAUCUCCAACGCCACACCUGCCUUCAGCAGGAUGUCCCUGGAGAACGACCCUGUCACAGGCUUUUCAGACGCCUCUCAAGUUCCAGAAAGGCCUCCAAAGCCGCUACCGCGGAGGAUAAAUUCGGAGCGGAAAGCAGGGAGCUGCCAAACAGGAGGAGCCAGCAGCGGGAGCAGUGCCUCACUGCAGCUCUCCAGUGAGAUCGAGAACCUCAUGAGCCAAGGCUACUCAUAUCAGGACAUUCAGAAGGCUCUGGUCAUUGCACAUAACAAUAUUGAAAUGGCCAAGAACAUCCUGCGGGAGUUCGUUUCCAUUUCCUCCCCGGCGCACGUGGCCACAUAGCACAGACCUCCGGCACCUACAGCUUCUGUGGACCAACUGCCUGGGCAGCCCUGGCCCAGCUACUCACCAAAGGGGAAGGGAGUUCCUUUAGAGACUUCAGUGCUGAGGUCAGGCCUGCCUCUCCAGAGAAUCAGUUUUCAGGUUGAUGUGGUUCCAGAUUUCAAAGCAGGGGAAUGGAAGGGAGCAGAGCAGUGUUUUAUACGAUGUGUGUCUUGGAGUCCUUUACCCCUACCUCUUGUCUGAGAGAACAGAUUUAUUCCCAGGGUGUUGGCAGAGGAAGGUAUCAUGACAAGGGAUCCCCGAGCUGAUGCCCUGGAGGCUGAGGACAGUGUUUGUGCUGUGAAUUCUGAGUGAGUGCUCUGAGAAGUCAGAGCCUUGACGUUGGUGUGUCCUGUGGUUCAUGGUACUAGGUUUGGAUCUGUUCGCUGCUUAUGUGUCUGGCUCAGGCUUUUUAGGACAGCUGGGAGGUCACUUUCUGCUGGGAACAAAUAGGAGACCUUGGAAGGAUCUUUGGAUUGCUUCCUGUUUGCCAUGGCAUUUCCUCCUUGCCUGUAACAGUGGCAUUUAUUGCUUAUGAUUCAAAUCCUCCCUCCUUGCUCAGAGGCAGUGUGACUGGCUUCUGUCAGGCACCUUUGCUCUUGACAGUGCUGGGAGUUGGGUUUCUCUCCUAGGUGUCCUCUUACUGGCAGCACCCAGCCUGCAGGCAGCUAAAUGUGCUGGGUUUGAGGGGUGGGAGAGGCUGGGAAGAGUUGGAGUGAGAGCACAGAAGCGGCUGCUGUUGCUCCUCCUUUUUCAGCCUUGAGCAUUUGUUUGUGCUUCAGCACUCAGGCUUGGUCGUGGCUCUGCUGGACUCUAGCAGCCAUCCCUGGGCACUCCCACGGGGCUCUGCCUCUAGGAAUGUUGCACCUGGCCAGUGGGAUGUUUUAUUUAUCUUAAUUGCAUGGUGGUUGUGGCAGACUAGUGGCCUUCACACACAUUCCAUCGUCUCCUUCAGAGAGCUUUUGCAGGAGCUAAGCUGUCUUUGUGCCAGGCUGUUGUGUGGAAGUGGUAGCUGCAGCUCUGAUGUAUUUGGUGGUUAUCUUUACCUGCUUUGCAGUCAAAGAAAUGCAGCAGUUCUCUGCAUGCCUAUCAAACAACAUGGAGGGGCUCCUCUUCUUUGCAUUCCCAUUCCUCUAAGGUGUUGCCAGAGCUUGUGGUGAAACAGCUCUGGGCAAACUUCUGUGUUUGUAAAACAAUCACAUGGCUUUAAAAGUCAGGGCUCAGCUGGUCCUUGGGGAAAGAACCUGACUUGCAUACUCAGCUACUUAGCUCUGUUUGCAAAGGCUUGAUGUGCAAGGAGUGUAGGAUGCCUUUAGACAAGAUUGAAGUCAAGUCCAGAGGUACAGAGAUUGCAGGCUGAGAGGUGAACAAGGGCUCUGGGCACACUGAGGGGCUGGCAGCUUUUGGAAGCAUCUCCCAGCAUCAUUUGCACCUCUCUAAGGGCAGCAGCAGUCACUGGGUUGCACCCUUGGUUGCAACCUGGAGUAAUUAGGGUAGUUGGAUGCAGUUUGGGCUUUUAAAGAAUCCAGGAGCUGGGCUCAGGUCUCAGAGAAACCUCUUGAAAUUGGCAGAGGAUUUAACAGGCAAAGGGAGCUAAGAGUAAAUGUCUUGUAUGGAGUGUGGAGUUGUUUCUCUCUGAAUCUCCAGCUUUAGAAAUGCAUGCAGUGGGUUCCAGGCAGUUUCAAAGCCUGAACUCUUUCCUCCCCUCCUUUCUGUAGUGAAGAAGAUGUUCUCUGACACCAUCAUGAGCUCUGCAGGCUGUUACCACCAUUCCUGCUCUGGGGCCAGGCCUGAAACCUGCAGAUGCAGCACAGUGGUGAGGUUGCUGUCAGCGGGCUUGGUCCUCUGCCCUGCUGCAGGGAGAGGGCAGGAGCAGCUGGGUCUGGCUUGGGGGAAGGUGCUGGGUUGUAAAGCUCCGACCUGGAGAAGAGGAGGUGUUCUCUUUCCUCUGCCCACACGGGGUUGCUGCUCUUUGUCUGUGAAGUGCUCUGCCAGCUGUGCCCUGCAGCCCUGCUCAGGGUGUCUGUGGCAGCUUCUGGAGAAGCCAGGCCAGCACUGGUGCUGCUGAGGCAGGAGGGGAAGGCAGUUUUGGCUCUGCAUGGUACACUUGGGAGCUGUAGUGUCUGAGAGUGAUUGCCUGGCUGUGUCCUGGAGAGCCAGGCCAAAGCCUUUGCUGGCUGGGGAGUACUCUGGGUUUGUUUCCCUCUUUCCCCCCAGUGCUGCCACCAGCUCCCUGCUGGGUUUGGAGCCACUUCACUUCUGACUCUCUGUGUAAACCGAGUGCAAGUGUGUUCAGCUGUGAUGUGUGACUCUUGCCACUGCCAAGGCUGCAUCAAAGCCAAGUCCAGCCAGCUAGAAAGCCUUAACUCUCGUCUUGCACAGUGUUUGUGGCCAGGGUGGUGAUGCCCUGUCCCAUGCAAGCCUUCAUUACAGGCUUGUUGUGGUGUUGCAUUCAGUCAUGCCUGGCAGGGCUGUAACUGCCCUGCCCGUGGGGUUUAUGUGCUGAGAGACAUUCCUGUGGGUGUUGUGCCAGGUUGUAGUAAUUAGAGAGAGCAAUCUCUGUGGCAUGUAUCACUGGUUUUUCUGCAUGUGUCCUUUCUGUGCACUGUUGGUGUCUCAAACUGAUUGAAGAAACUGAAGCCUUGAUUUUUCUUCCUGGACCAUGGAACUGUCUGCUUGGUGCAGCAGGAUCCCGGCCGUGUCUCAUGGCUGUGCUCUCUGAAGUCAAUCCAGGCACUGCAGAGUGGUUUUUUUUCCCCUCUUGUUCUUUCAGAAAGGUAACUCUGAGAUGAGUUUCUCUUUGUUCCUUUCACCUCCUUGAUCUUUACUCUUAAGAAGUUCACUUUAACAAGAAACAAACAGAACCCAACCCUGAAUGUCUGGUGCCUUUCUGAAGGGAAUGCUGCGUCCCUAGGCUGGAUCUGAGUGUCCAUCCCUCUCUGAAGAUGAAGAGCCCAGGCCAGACAUCUGAGACUGCUUUGAAAGGAGUGGAAAGAAGGGCCAAGAAAGAUGGGCAAUUGUCACUUCAACCCUGACACUGUGUUUUGUAGCAUUUCAACUCUUUCCUUCUUUACCUGUUACUAACAGUGACUUGUCUGGACUGGUGCUGUGCUAAACUUAGUGUGAGGAGAGUAGAUCUAUAGGACAGGAUUGGGUUUGCUUGUAACCAAAUGCUACUUCUGCUCCUGAGAAGUGCUGAGUUCCCCACCCCCUGUGUCAACCCUGCACACGCAGCAAGCAGAAAACACUUUGUAGAGGAGGAGCUGGGCACAAAAUGUAUGGGACCAGCACCCAUCUCUGCAUGGCAAGCUGCAGGGAGCUGUGGAACACCACAAAGUGGUGUGUUGGUUCUGCAGAGGGUUUCUGGCUGGCUUCACUGCCACCAGGAAUGGGAAUCUGAAAUGAGAGCCAGCCAGGCAGAGGUGUGGGUGGCUGCUGUGUUGCCCUCACUUCUGUGUCUCUGCAGGAGGUGGCAUGGAGUGCCCAUGCUGGGGUUUUGCUUUCACUCUCAGCAGCUUUCUGCAUGCCCUUUCACUCAGCCCUUGUCUUGGGGGAGCCAGCCAGGCUCUGAGUCCAGCAUGUUGCUUUCUGCACUAGACUGAUUGCAUUACUGUAGCUAAUCCCGAGGCAGGGUUGUUACUGUAAAUGGGUUGUUCUUGUUCUUGUU